CUCGCUGUCAUUCGGCCACGGUCGGUUCAGGAGAGAGGGUCGCCACCAGGCAACUGGCUCCAGAGCAAACUACGGCGACAGAAAACACACUCAAUUCAAAAGAACAAUGAAACCAGUCCAAUAAGAGCCUUUUAAAGAGAACCGGCCGCUUGUCACGUUAACGGAGACGCUGUGGUCCUCGCUGGAUCCGAGCAGAGAGAGCAGGGAAGGCAGAGAGAGCUGUGUCAUUGAGCAGGCAGGACACGUCAGGAGAAGGGAAGAAAAAAAGAAAAGCGCUGACCGACUGCACUAGUCAGCUAUUAAAGCCCUGAAAAGCUCAGGCCGCCCCGCUCCCGGCUCCAAGGACACCGCCUCGGCCUCGCCUCGCCCCACCGACCUCGACGCCCAGACGACACCGCCGGGGUGGGAGGUUUGGAUCGGAAGGACCAAAGAGAUCAAGGGAUAGCAUUUGUUUCUGGGGGGAGAAAACAAAUGGGGGAUUACGGGUUCGGAGUCCUCGUUCAAAACAACACUGGCAACAAGUCUGCAUUCCCGGUCCGAAUCCACCCGCAUCUACAGCCCCCACACCACCACCAAAAUGUGUCUCAGAGCCCUGCUGCUUUCAUAAACAGCACCACAGCCACAGGGAAUGGCAACACGGGAGGCUCUCCCUGGCUCUUCCCUGCCUCGGCCACCCACAACAGCGUGCAAGAUGAAAUUCUGGGGGGGGCAGAGAAGCCCAAAGCACAGCAGCAACAGGAAAUGCAAGAAACGCAAGAAAAGCAGCAGCAGUUAUCUCCUGGGAGUCACCAGGAGGGUGGAAGCAGCGGUGGGAUAAUUUCAGAACUGGAAAAAGUCAAGGAAACCAAGACGGAAAAUGGCACGUCUGAAGGCAGUAAUGGAAAAGAGAAGCAGCUUCGUCUUGAGUCACCUGUUCUGACGGGCUUUGAUUACCAGGAGACCUCUGGUCUUGGAGGAACUGGCCCGGUACAGUCCAGUACUACAUCGUCAUCACUUACUGGCUUCAACAACUGGUCGGCUGCCAUUCCGCCUGCGCCGUCAACAAUCAUUAAUGAAGACGUCAGCUUUUUCAAUCCAGCCUCUGCCAGCAAUGGACCUCUGCUGUUCCAGAACUUCUCACAUCACGUCAGUCCAGGGUUUGGUGGGAAUUUCUCUCCCCAGAUCGGACCGGCUGCAGCCUUGUCCCAGCACCACCCCGCUCCCCCACCACACCCCCACUUUCAACACCCCCAUAGCCAACACCAACAACAUCGGCGUUCCCCGGCCUCUCCCCACCCUCCGCCACCCUUCCCGCACAGGAAUCCAGCUUUCAGCCAGUUGCCGCAUUUGUCCAACAGCCUGAACAAGCCCCCGUCUCCCUGGGGUCCAGCUAGCUACCAGAGCCCCUCUCCCUCCCCUGGCUCGUCCACCUCAUGGAGCCCCGGAGGAGGCUACGGUAGCGGUGGCGGCGGUUGGGGAGGAUCUCAAGGCAGAGAUUAUCGCCGUGGGCUGAAUGGAGGGAUGACUCCGAUAAACUCCAUCUCUCCACUAAAGAAGACCUUCCCUAACAACCACGUGGCAUCCCAGAAGUAUCCCCGGAACAGUCCUGCAGGGUUCAAUCCCAAGUCCUGGAUGGAUGACGGAGUUGGUCGCAAUGAUAACAUUUUUCCUUUUCAGGAACGUACCAGAUCGUUUGACAGCUUCAACAUGAACACUCUGGAGAGCUCCCUGAUUGACAUCAUGAGGGCUGAGCAAGACACCCUGAAAGGUCGUCUGGGGUUCCCUCACCCAGGAGGGGACAACCCUCUCCCCCUUAACGCCAGGAAUUAUAGCAGGAGACGAGGCCACUCCUCCCUCUUCCCCAUGGAGGACGGCUUUGCCGACGACGAGCGCGGGGACCAGGGCCUGGCCGGCCUGGGCUCCCCACACUGCUUCCCCCAUCAGAACGGAGAGCGCGUGGAGCGCUACUCGCGCAAGGUCUUCGUCGGGGGCCUGCCCCCGGAUAUCGAUGAAGACGAGAUAACAGCCAGUUUCCGGCGUUUUGGACACCUGUUUGUGGACUGGCCUCACAAAGCAGAGAGUAAAUCCUAUUUCCCCCCUAAAGGCUACGCCUUCCUGCUGUUCCAGGACGAGAGCUCCGUGCAGGCUCUGAUCGACGCCUGCAUCGAGGAGGACGGCAAGCUGUACCUCUGCGUGUCCAGCCCCACCAUCAAGGACAAGCCAGUCCAGAUCCGCCCGUGGAACCUGAACGACAGCGACUUCGUGAUGGAUGGAUCUCAGCCGCUGGACCCCAGGAAAACCAUCUUCGUGGGAGGGGUGCCUCGUCCACUCCGUGCAGUGGAGCUGGCCAUGAUCAUGGACCGCCUGUACGGGGGCGUGUGCUACGCCGGCAUCGACACCGACCCCGAGCUCAAGUACCCCAAGGGAGCGGGGCGGGUCGCCUUCUCUAAUCAGCAGAGCUACAUUGCUGCUAUCAGCGCUCGCUUUGUGCAGCUGCAGCAUGGCGAGAUCGAUAAACGGGUGGAAGUGAAGCCAUACGUGCUGGACGACCAGCUGUGCGAUGAGUGCCAGGGAACUCGCUGUGGGGGGAAGUUUGCGCCGUUCUUCUGCGCCAACGUCACCUGCCUGCAGUACUACUGCGAAUACUGCUGGGCGGCCAUCCACUCUCGCGCCGGGCGGGAGUUCCACAAGCCCCUGGUGAAGGAGGGCGGAGACCGACCCCGUCACAUCUCCUUCCGCUGGAACUGAGCGGAGCAGAGAGGGAGAGGAGCAGAGGAGCAGAGGCCAGUUAAUAUAUAUUGAUAUUUUGAAGAUAGAAAAAAAAAAUUGGAGUUGUAUCCAAAUAUGUCCAUCUAGCAAAAGAAAAAAAAAGAUGUGUAACAUUUUAUUUAGACUUUUGAUUUUUGAAAUAUUUUUAUUAGUUCUCAAAAAAUAUAUGUUGGAAAGUUUGAUGUGUGAUAUGGUACUGUGUAAUUCAAUUGGCGUAUUUUUCUAAAAAGUAUAUUUCCUUUUAAUUUUGAUACAAGAGGCCCUGGAAAUACUUCUCCUCAUUUGACAUUGAGCUAAACCUAUAUUGUAGCAAAACUAUGUCUUCUUACUUUGUACUAAGCGAAUGCUGUUGAAAAAGUGAGUUAUUGGCUUUGUAAUUCUUAAAAGGUGGGAUUAGGUUGGAAGAAGGCUCCAGAGCAAAUGUAACUUGAAAAAGGUGUUGCUAAAGAAGAGUGCACUUAUUUCCAGAUUCUAGCGGAGACACCGUAUGAGAUCUUUUUGUAGUUAACCAAAGCUGAAUCUUAACUAACUUUGAAGAACAGAAAGGGCCCACACUGCAGAACGAAAUGGAUUCUUUUCCCUCCCAGAUCAAUGGUCCUCCUUUUUUUUAUGAUUUUAUUUUUUAUUUCCAAGACCAUACGAAUAUUUUGAUGUUACUUGAAAUUCACAAGAAAAAUUUUUUCGCAACACAGAUUUGGGUUUUAAUCUCCAUUUUGACAUGCAAAAACUAAUACCUCAAACUCAGCUGCUAAUGUGCCGAAUACAGUAAAAAGACAAAAAAAAAAGAGAAAGAAAGCAAGAAAGACAACAUUAACACUCUCUGGUGUUCUCCUUCCUUAGAAGUCUAAUCAGAGGGGAGUGAUGCAACCGGCAGAGCGGUAUGACUGGCACAGUUUUGUACUCACUUGCUUCACCUCCUUAUUUUUGUAAUCAAACCCAGGGUUGUGCUAGGGACUGAGCAGAGCAUCGUACAGGAUAGUGCAUUAUGGGAAUGUAUGGCUACGGGAGAGACAGUCAGAGAGAAACGCAGGCCCGCUUCCCCUCCACGUCUGCUCGUCCUCCGCUGAGCGAGCAGCUAACGGGGCCGGCCUGCUCACGGGUCCGGCCCUGGUUCUGUGUCGCUGCACAGCAGGGCUCGGAUCCAGACUCUUCAGGACACGGGGUCAAAGCAAAGUCCUCCGCAGAAGGCCGGUCAAACGCGCCGCCUUUUGUUGUGCAGUUUUAACGGGGGCUACCACCAAACAGGAAAAUGCCUGACGUUAUUCAUUUUUAACGCAUUUGUGCAAUUCUCCCAAGUCUUUAAUAACAAAAGUGCCACUUUUGCGUCUAAGAGUGAGCGGCAUUAAACGGAAGAAGCAAUUAAAGCUGAUCUGCUUUUGCAAAUCGUCAGCACACAUUCGAGUCAUGGAGGGAUCUGCCCUUUCGGCGAACUCUCUUCUUUCUCCUGCCAAGCUAAUCCAACUCAGCAUCCAGUGUUUUUGAAGCAUAAAUGAAGAUAGUCUCUGCAGUGUGCUCUACUACUGUGCACUUGUGACCCACAUGAAGUUUUCCGCUUGAUAACGACAUUGCGGGUCCUUUGGGCUGGACCCAGUAGCUUACGGGAACCAAAGAUGGCUGUGCAGUAGUGGGUCAUACUGUAGCACAUUUCUUGUCUUGAUAUUUUUUUUUUUCCUUCUUUUCUUUCUCAUGUAUUCUAAUACAUCUGUCACUUUUACCCAGUUUACUUAAUUGUCAAGCCCUGAUGGACUCCAGCAAACCAAAGAUUGGCCUUGAACACGAUCUACACCGCAUGUAAACGUGCUGCAGAUGUUUAAACUAGAGCGUAGUCGUAAAAGCAUCCGGACACCCAGAAGGCUGAGAGACACAAGAGAGGCCUCGGAGUGGAGGUGGCAUUUGUCAGGCGCCAAUUAUCCCACUUUUCUUCUUUUCUUUGUUUGUCAUAGCUCCAUGACUUUGGAGAAAAAUAACAUAAAGUGCACAUUUCCACAGCGAAGGUGAAACUAAUCCUCAAUUUUUUUUUUUUUUUUUUUUGGUUGACAUUUUAAGUCACUCAGUGGCAACCUUCUAGCCGAGCAUUUAAAUGUCAGGGAGUUAGUACAGAAACUUGAUUAUACACACUAGUGAGAAUCCUCAUAUCGGCGUGGUGUCGUCACACCUGUUUUGCACCCUGGACAUCAGUUUUGUGGGUGUGGUGGGUGAGCAUUUUAGAAGUUAAAACACUUUGUGAAGAAUUUGCUGUUAAAUGAGAUGAAAAAAAAAAGAUUAUUUUAUACAUGGCCUGCUGAUUUUUGGUACAGUGUUUUCUAGCUAAAUUAUUUUGUCAUGCACAUAUAAACAUUUAUUAUGCACUACUUUUCUAAAUAUUUUUUCUUUUUCCAACAGUCAUUUUAGGCACAUUUUUCACAAAUGGGGAAACUCCUUUUUGCAAUACCUCAAUUUUUCACAUUGUGAAAGGUAGCUUUUGUACUUUUGUUACUGAGAGAUCUGCAUAUAUGGAAAUGUUCAUUUUAAGAAAAAAAAAAAAAAAAGUUGAGUGAUUUCAAUAUAUAUUAUUUUCAAUUAUGCUUUUUAUACAUUUCAGUGCUGAGGAAUCUUUACAACUAAGUGCUCACUUGUGUUGAUGCGACUUCAAAAUCUGCAGAGGAGAGACCAAAGUAUCGUUCGCUUGGUCUUAGCUUUUCAUACACUAGAUGUGUCCAGUCAAUCUGGUCCAUAACAGCAUGGCGAGAAAAAUUAGAAAAAUAAAAAACGGAAAAAAAACAAACAACAUGUAAUCUGAAAUUGAUGUUAAUGUCUCUAAACAUGGCUAUACUAGUUGGAAAUGGUCAUUUCUGUCUUGGUUUCCUCUCCAUAGAUGGAGCAUAACUUAUUAAGAGGAGAAUGCAAAAUCUGGUUCAUGCUUAACGCUGAAUCUUGUACCACAAGAAUGGAUGUUUGGUGUUUAGGUAUUUUAAUAUUUAAAAAAUAUAUAUACAUAUAUAAAUAUAUAUAUUCUUGAACUUGCCAACUAGCACCUAUUGUAAUCCUUAGCAUGCAUGACGAAAAAAAAAGAGCAAAUGACAAGUACAUGAAUUAGAUAUUAAAAUUAAUUGUUGUGGUGUGCACCAAAUGUUUCUCAACUGUUAAGUUAAGGACACCCCUAAAACCCACUCUCACCUCAGCUCACGCUCCUCCCCUCGACCCCUCGUGUUGACCUCUUUGCUUCCCCAUUCACAGACCUCUGCAGGAUGCACAUGACGGAGAGAUUAAACAAAAAAAAAAAAGAGUAGUUAAAAAAAGAAUAACAACUUUAAAGCGAUCUGGCAGUGCAGGACUUUGAGCAUCUGUAUAGAACACUGUUUAAAAGACUUGAGAACUUUCCCCGCUGUCUGUCAAGGUGAUCUUAUAUAGAGCUAUCUGGAGGAAGGGGAACUUUUAAAGACUUGAAUGUGGUAAAUGUUGCAAGUUAACUUCAAGUUGUUAUGUGCAAUACUUCUUUUGAACCUUUUUCCAGAUAAAGACUCUUUGCAAUGUAAUUCUUUAAUGCCAUUUUUAAUUGCAGACAUUUAAUUAAAGAAGAUGUUAAUAUGUUUUUCACAGUCAUUUUCUACUGUUAUUGUAAUCCUUUUCAUGCUGGUGUUUGUAAAAAAGAAAAGAAAUCAAACUAUUUGUACUAAUAUAAAUAAUUGAAGUUAUUUUUAAAACAUUAAAAGUUUUGUGCUCAUUUGCUUAUUUUGUUUAUUUUAAGCUACUGUGAUUGAUUGCAUUGUAAUUAUUAGGUCAACAAUGUAUUUAGCUGUUUAUUGGUAUAUUUUUAAUUGGAAUGUAUAAUUGAUUUUUAUAAUUUUGAUCAGAUUUUUGUUAUAUUUUUGAGGUGAAGCUUUUAAUAUGUUAAAGUGUCUAGUUUUUACUAAUUGCUAUAUUGUGCUCCACAAUAUAUGGUUCACAUUUUCUGAAGGAAAAUAAAUAUUUAAAUAUUUGUCUGUUAAUGAUGUUACUUAAUGGCAAGAUUUCAAUAGUUUUUAACUGUGUUUGGGAAGGUUGUUGUAUUUAUUAUUAGCAUUUUUUACUUAAGAUAUCACCUUAAUUUUUAUUGUCAUUUCACUUUAUAAGUUCCUAUUUUUGUAUUUUCCUUUCUAAUUAAUUUAUGUAAUACGGAUAUGUCCAUAUUUCUAGGAGUUGGUCUGUAGAAGUGCUAGUGAAACAAAAAAGAAAAAUCUAAUGUUAUUUAAUUGUUUGCAGCCAACUAUUUAUAACAGUAUGCAUAAUUUUUAAAUAUUUGUAAUGUGAAAUGUUGAAUGAAAUAAAUCUUAACUGUGAUGAAA